GAUCAUUUUCGUCUUUAAGAAAAGCUGCAGCACUACUUGGAGGCCGAACUUGAGCUCUGUCUUAACCCCUGGUUUUUGAAUAACAAGCUGUGAAUUAACGGUGUGCAGUGUCAUGCAUAGAUCUUCCCUUUCGAGACUUAGAAAAUGCAAAAAACGCAUUACCGGCUUGCUUUAGCUUAUUAGUAUCGCGCAACUUCCAGGAUGGCUUUUAUGCUAGCAAUUGCUGUCCUACAAGCAGUCCUGCAAGCAGCUUUCGCAAGCAGCGGCGACCAUCUAAGUGGUAUCAUACAGGAGGGGAAAUUGCACCUAAGCGAGGACACAACAAUAGCUCUACGCUGCGCAAAGACCAAGGGUGACUGGUGCGCUGCUUUCCAUAGCCAGAAGCCCGUGGCCUGGAAACCGGCUCCUCGUGGCAACAAGGAAUGCCCUGACAACUGCAACAAUGUGGGUCGGUGCAACUACGACACGGGGUACUGCGACUGCCCCGCGGGAUGGAGGGGGCCGGGCUGCAAGACACGGCAGAAGCGGCCGUGCACCAAUAUGUUCCGGUCCCCCGAGGAUCAGCGAACUGAGCCCAUGUCGCAUAUUGGACCCGACAAGCGGGAUUUGAAUUGGACCGAGCCAGGAUUCACGCCAUCACGAUGCUAUGGUAUUUGUGACGACGACCUGGGGAUGUGCUAUUGCGAUGGACCCAUGGGUCGCAUUCCGGCACCAGACGAUGCGCCUCCGGGUACGCCGCCCGUGCGGAGAGGCCGGCCCCUGUUGGCCACGCACGACAUGCCCAGCACGACCUAUGACGGCCAGCCGGUGCAUGGAGGACACCAGCCGUAUGAGAAGGUGUACGGACCCCAGGGCUACUGCAACGUGUCUCAGCCAUCAUGGGCCCCGGGGUGCGGCCCCGAGGACCUGGCCGGGCCUUACUGCGAUGAACCCAACGAGGCAUUUUGCCCGGGGGGGUGCAGCGGACAUGGACAUUGCGAUCUCGGGUUUUGUAGGUGCGAUGUGGGCUAUUAUGGACACGACUGCGCACGGCGCAAGGCGGGACUGCCGCUGCUACCGAACACCCUCUCGCAGCGGCCGUGGGUGGCGGAGCAGGUACGUGAGCCGCCCGCUGCCCUGGAGCCUCCUCCCAAGGCCACUCGCAAACGGCCGCUUAUAUACGUGUACGACUUGGAACCACUGUACCAAAGCAAACUGCUGCAGUACAGGCUUGCGUCCGCUUGGUGCACCCACCGCUACUACCAGUACAAGAAUGAGACGCGGUUUUCAGAGUGGUGUUAUGGAGCCGAAUCAGGCAUCCACGAAUACCUUUUGAUCAGCGAGCACCGUACCUUUGAUCCUGACGAAGCGGAUUACUUCUACGUGCCGUACUACGGCGCUUGCAUGAUAUGGCCGGUCUUCAAAUGGGCUGACUACCCAUACUUUCACGGUCCAGGAGGGCCGCGCGUCCUGCAAGUCAUCAACAUGCUCAGAGAGCUGGUGGGCUGGAUCAACACGACGUAUCCCUACUGGCAGCGUCGCGGGGGGCGGGACCACAUCUUCCUCUUCCCACACGACGAGGGCGGCUGCUGGGCUCCAAACGUGGUCAAGGACUCGGUUUGGCUCACGCACUGGGGCCGCAUGGAUGCUGAGCACACGAGUAAGACCUCCUUCGAUGCGGACAACUACACCCGAGACUACAAGUCCUGGUACCAGCCUGAGGGCUUUGUCACGCACAUAGAAGGCCAUGCCUGCUACGAUCCCGUGAAGGACCUCGUGAUUCCCAUCUGGAGGCCUUCACAACUCUACUGGCGCAGCCCCCUGGUGUCUGCCCCCUCCAAGCCACGCGACAUCUUUCUCUUCUUCCGCGGCGACGUGGGCAAGCAGCGCACCAUGAUGUACAGCCGAGGCGUACGACAAAAGAUCUACAAGCUUGCCAAGGACAACGACUGGGCCUCCAAGUACAAGGUGCUGAUCGGCGACGGCUCCGACGUGCUUGGCGACUACUCGGACAUGCUGUCACGAUCCGUCUUCUGCCUGGUGGCUACCGGUGACGGCUGGUCGGCGCGUACCGAGGAUGCCGUACUGCACGGCUGCAUUCCGGUCAUCAUCAUGGACAACGUCCAUAUCAAGUUCGAGACACUGUUCGACGUGGACUCCUUUACCGUCCGCAUUCCGGAAGCCGAUGCCGGCCGCAUUCUGGAGAUCUUGCAGGCUAUUCCUGCGGAGAAGCUUCGCUCCAUGCAAGCGCACCUGGGGCAGGUCUGGCACAGGUAUCGUUACGCGGACCUGCCGGGCCUGUCCUCCGCCUUGCGCAAACAAAUGGAGAGCAACGCCAGGGACCCGCUCGCCAAGGAGGCUGAAGCACUGAGCGCGACCAAGGAGGUCCGCUACCCACGGUCCUUCAAGGGUGACCCACGGGUCGAUGACGCCUUCUCGACAAUCAUGCAGUGGUUGUACUCGCGUAUCCCGCACACGCGGUAACAAAGGCCUCGGUCAUCACCACCCCCAGUGAAAGAAGCUAAUGGUGUAAUACGCUAAUGACAUUGCUUAACCAUGGGUGCAUUAUGUAUGUGCUGCAGAAAGGGCAUUCCCAGGGUAAGAUCCUCUGUUUCCAUGAAACCAGGGGAAGUCGCGUAGAGAUGCUGGCAUGGGGUUAUAGGAGUGCGCGGUUAGGCGUGAUCAGGAAUGGUGCUCGGCAUUUCGUCUGCUUUAAGGGCACUAGUAUGGCAGGCCUGCAUGCCGAUACUGUCUAGGGGUCACUAUUUUGGGCAGGGGCACUGCUUUGGGGCCUGCAUGCCGAUACUGUCUAGGUCACUAAUUUUGGGCAGGGGCACUGCUUUGGGGCCUGCAUGCCGUUACUGUCUAGGAGUCACUGCAAAGGUAGUUCCAGACGUAGGAUGGUUGCCUGUCUCCUGCAAUGACAACGAGGCAUGUGAAUACUGACACUUCAAUCCUGCAUUUUUCCUAGAGAGUCAUGUGAUACCGGUAAACCUAUUAGGAUAUCUUAUCAGAGGGCGGACGGAACAGGACUUUUCGAAGCAUCGGGCUAUUUUAUUGACAUGUGAGGUAGUGCUACGGCACAACCGCACGCGUGGUAUCAUGGCAAAAAUGGGAACUUCUCCCCAAAUGUUUACUGCUGGUGGAAGACGUGCUGGUGGCCUGGCAUUGCCCUACAUUACUAAGCCCCAGAAGACGGAGCUUAGUGUGCAUGUGAAUGGAUUAGGAGGCACGGUAAGCCCUGGUGGCUCCCAAACGUAG